ACCCCAGCGCUCGGAGCCCCUCUCUGGGUUUUCCCCAGUGUGCCGCCCGCCUCCCCGGCCUCCUGGGAUUGCCACAGCCCCUCUCCCCAGCUGCCCACCAGCCUGGGCCCCCAGGCCAUGAAGAGACAUGGGGCUGGGGAGAUUUUCCUGGGUUUUGGGUCGGGGUUCUCCCGUGCGCUGCCCCAGAGCUGGCACUUCCCUCCGGGUGCCCUUUGUGGGGUUCCCUAGUGCCGAGGAGCUGGCUGUGUGCUGGGGCUGCACUGGGUGGGCUCGAGGCCGUGCCCGCGCCCCUGCCCGCACCCCUGCCUGCUGCCACCGUCACCCGGGACUCCCCGAGAGUCCCCCUGGCACAGCGUUGGUGCCGCUGCUGGGCCGUGCCGGGUCGGUAACCGGCCCCGGGGAGCAGCGCGGUUUGGUUGAUCACGUACACAAAGCGCUGGCGGGGCCGCUCGCCAGGGCUGGGCUGGCCGCAGGACCCUCAGUGCUUGGUGGGACUUAGAGGUCAGGGCUAACGGUGCCUCGCGCUGCCCAGAGCUGUGUCCCUGCUGCUGUGACAGCCCCUGGGAUGUGUCCCUCGGGGGGUGUCUGCACCGGCGGCCCGUAAGCCCCUGAACAUGGUGCUGCCGGGGCGGGUCGGCAGCCCAGCCGGCUCCCCCGCGGCACAGCCCCGCAGCCGGGGCUCCUCUCACCACCCGGCUUCCAAAACUAGUUCUAAUUAAGCCCAGGCAUUCGUCAAAGCAUCCAGAUUGCUGCCAGGGCUUUUAAGGGGUGAAGCGGGAUUUGCAUGUGGAUUGGGGGGGCUCUUCUCCAAAGCAUCAUCGCUGCGUUCGCCCCCUCCUUGGAGAGGAGGGAGCGGCCCAGGCGGGUGCAUUACCAACAUCUGCCAGCCCCCCAGGAGCAGCGGCGGCGGUAGAGCCAGCCCCCUGCUACGAAACAGGGCGGACGGCGUUUUCCCGGUCGAUCUCAGAGCGGUUUUGGGGAGGGCGGUUGGGCAGAGCCAGGCUGGGCGCCCCCUCUCUCCCCACAGCAGGGGAGCCGGCGGGGCGGCGCUGGGGCUGCGUCCCGGCUGCGGGAGCUGCGGUUCCCGGCCCCGUGGCCGCCGGCAGCGCUCGGCGUGCGGCGACGGGCCGCUCGGCGUGAACUACAAAUCCCAGGAGCGCUGCCUGCGGGGAAGCGUCGCUGUAAACAGAAUGAAUCCGGGCCAGGCCCCGGGGGACCCGCAGCAGCCAUUUGGAGGAAGUCGGGGAAGAUCGGCGCCCGCAAGCCUGGCGGAAGGCGGAGGGGAAGCGCAGCUGCCGCCCCGCGCUCUCCCGGGAGCUGAUGUCCUCUCCCCUGGCCGGGCGGCCCCGAGGGGAGCGAUGUCUGCGGGGGGAGCGCCCCAGCCUCCCCACGCCCUGAACCUGCUCCCUUACCCCAGGCUGAGUGAGGUGCCACGAACCGGACCCGAGCUGGAUGCUGUGGGUGCGGAGAUCCCGUCCGACCCCUGCACAGGCUACAGGUUCUUCAAGCCCGGGGGUCUGUUCGGAAUCAAACAGUCGGACGAGCCGUACGCCGAAGGGCAGCAGAUGCAGGAGGACAGCAAGGUCCUGGUCAGCCCCUGCGCGGUUGAGCCCGGUCGGGUGAAUAAAGUCGAGCAGCCCGAUGAGAAGCCGGUGGCAGCUGCCGGCUCCCUGGAGCUGUAUCCCGCGGCCGCCGGCAGCUCCGGACGCUGGUUUCACGGGGCGCAGCGCGCUCCUGAGCGGGCGGGCGCCGAGAGGGACGGCGCCGCCAGCCUCAGCCCGCUGUCCGGCCGGGUGGCCUGCUGGGUGCCGCAGCUGGGCUCCGGCCCUUUCCGCUGCGCCCAGUGCGGGAAGGGCUUCCGCCAGAAGCAAAGCCUCAUCACGCACGAGAGGAUCCACACCGGGGAGAAGCCCUACCGGUGCGGGGACUGCGGGAAGAGCUUCAGCCAGCGGCCCAACCUCCUGACCCACCGCCGCGUGCACACGGGGGAGCGCCCCUUCCCCUGCGUGCAGUGCGGCAAGUCCUUCAGCCAGAAAGCCAACCUGCUGGCCCACCAGCGCAUCCACGCUGCCGGGCAGAAGGCGCUGGCGGGAGGCGAGCAGGAGGACGGCGCUUCCGGCAAGCCCAAGCUGCGGUCCCAGCCGAGGAGCUACCAGGAGGACACCCCGUUCGUCUGCCCCGAGUGCGGGAAGAGCUUCCGCCAGAAGCCCAACCUCAUCACCCACCGGCGGAUCCACACCGGCGAGCGCCCCUUCACCUGCUUCCUCUGCGGCAGGAGCUUCAACCAGAAGACCAACCUGGUGACCCACUACCGCGUGCACACCGGGGAGCGCCCCUUCGCCUGCACCCAGUGCGGCAAGCGCUUCACCCAGAAAACCAACCUGGUGACGCACCAGAGCACCCACACCGACCUGCGGCCCUACCCCUGCGGGCAGUGCCAGAAGUGCUUCAAGGACAAAGUCUCCCUCAAAGCCCACCAGAAGACUCACGCCCCGCGCCAGCGGCGCUGCCCGGGCCGCAGCCCGGCCACCGGCCUGCCCUACGGGGCUGCGCCCACCCUGCUCCCGCCCGGGGGGCCCGAGCAAGAGGGCACCUUCAGCCCCAUGCCGCCGCUGCCCGUCCCGAAGAUCCCCGAGGGCCAAGAGCUGUACUCGUGCACGGAGAAGAGCUUCCCCCCGAAGGAGCCGAUCCUGCCGCACCAGCAGCCGCCCCUGGGCGAGCAAAGCUUCCCCUGUGCCCAGUGCGGGGAGGGGUUUUGCCAGAAGGUGACUCUGCUGCGGCCGCAGCACGGCCCCGCCGCCGAGGCUCCCGGGGGGUGCGCGGCAGCCUUCAGCCACAGCCCGCACCUCCUGGGGCACCUGGGGGUGCAGCCUGUCCUCGGGGACGCCACCGCCCCGGCCUCCCAGGUCCCCGGGGUGGACAAGCCCUUCAUCUGUAACCAGUGCGGCAACAGCUUUGGCCUCUGGCUCUCCCUCGUGGCCCACCAGAAGACCCACGUCGGGCAGAAGACGUACCCGUGCCCUGAGCACGAGAAGAGCUCCGGCGAUGAGCUGUCCCCCAAAUCUCCCCAGGAGAAGAUGGAGAUGGAUAUGGAGAUGGAGGGGGGAGCCUGGGUGUGUCCCGAGUGCGGGAGAAGCUUCGUCCUUUACGACCGUUUGGUAAAACACCGGCAAAACCACCGGGGCAGAGGGCCCUUCCGCUGCGACGUCUGUGGGAAGAGGUUCAGCCUGAAGACCAACCUGGUGACCCACCAGCGCAUCCACACCGGCGAGCGCCCCUUCACCUGCGGCGUCUGCGGCCGCCGCUUCAACCAGAAGGGGAACCUGGUGACCCACUACCGCACGCACACCGGGGAGCGCCCCUUCGCCUGCACCCAGUGCGGCAAGCGCUUCGCCCAGAAGCCCAACCUCAUCGCCCACCAGAAGACGCACACCAGCCGGCAGCCCUUCUCCUGCCUGGAGUGCCCCAAGCGCUUCAAGAGCAAGCUGUCCCUGCGGGUGCACCAGCGCGUGCACGCCGCCGAGAGACCCCAGGGCGAGCCGGGCCAGGCCCCCGCGCUGCAGCCCCACCCCGACAGCCCCUUCCCCUGCUCGCUCUGCGGGGAGACCUUCAAGGAGGACGGGGAGCUGCAGCUGCACCGGCAGGACCACGCCGGCGAGCGGCCGCACGCCUGCGGUGAGUGCGGGAAGCGGUUCCGGCAGAAGGUGAACCUGGCCGUGCACCAGAGAACCCACACUGGGGAGCGCCCGUUCCGCUGCGCCGAGUGCGGGAAGGGCUUCAACCAGAAGGCUCACCUCCUCCGGCACCGCCGCACGCACACCGGCGGCAUCCCGCCCUCCUGCUGCGAGGGGACCUGCCCGGCGCACCACGAGGAACCGGACGGGAGCGGCGCUUCCCUGGCCAAGGGGUCCGAGCCCCCCAGCUUGCUGCUGCCCCCCUGCUCCCGCGGAGCCGCUCACGGAUCGCUGGCUCGGGAGGAGCUUCGGCCGGGAGAGCAGCCGCCCAACAGACCCGAGAGCCCCUCCGGCGCGGCAGACAUCCUCCUGCAGCUGAUGCAGGAAGACCAGCACCUCGUGUCCGGCGCCCACCCCCCGCAGGAGGGCCCCGCGGGCCAGUGCCCCUGCAAGUGCCCCGAGGCGGGGGAAGCCUUGAGCCCGAAGCCGCCGGCGCUGCCGCCGCAGUGCUGCUGCGCCGACUGCGUGAGCCAGCGGCAGCUGCUCCUCAAGCCGCAGCCCGACUGCCGAGCGGAGCUCUGGGGCAAGUACGGCGGCUGCGGCAGAAGCUUUGAGGAGAAACGAGUCCCGAGAGUGCCUGAGAGAGCGCACGGCGAAGAGAAGCCCUCGCCGUGCCCCAGCUGCUUGUAACGCCCGCGCGGGCUGCCCAAAACCCGUCUGCGGGCGAGGGCCCGGACCUCAUCGCUCUUAUGCUAAAGGCACCAAACCUAAAGAGGCCGUGGCUCGCGCUGGGGCCUGGUCGCUGACCGAACGAGGACAGUGCGGAGGGAAAGAUGCAAACUGGGACUCGUGGUGCCCGCCAGGAUGUGGUAUCGGCGGGAACCCGUGAGGAGCGCGGUGGCUUUGGGAGCAGGAGGCUCAGAGGACCCUUCGGGCGGGUGUCGGGUGGGGUGAAGCAGGAGAUGGACUCAGAUGCCCUGCGUGAGCAUUCUGUCUCGUCAGCAUACCAAAUGUAUUGGGGGGGAGAGCGGUGACGGGACCUGGAUCCGCAGCGUUCGUUCUGCUGUGGAUGCACGGACUGCGGGGAGCGGGAAGAGCUCGAGAUCCAGGAUCCGUGUGCUUCAAAACCACGUCUGUCGUGCAGCCGGCGGGCAGAGGCACGUCUGCUCUGCCUCCGCGUUCGGCCGGUGACGCUCAGAGCCCGCACAGCCGUGGGGCAGAGAGGGGCCUGUGUGGGUCCAGAGCCUCUCCCAGAGCCCUCCAUCCUUCUCUCCCGGACUGGAUGUCGUUCCGCGAGGAGCUGAGGCUCCGCCAGCAGCUGCCCAGCGCCUGGGCAGAGCGGGAGCGGCUCGGCCGGGCGGGAGCGCUGCGGGGAACCGGCCCUGCUCGCCUCCGCGGUGACUGCGCCUGCUCCACAGCCAGCGCGGCAGGAUCCGGCCUGGGGCUUCCCGAGCUGGAGCAGAAGAGCUGGGUGAGCACCGGGAAAAUGGGCAACAGCCGGGAAAACCGCCUGGAAGUGUCUCGGCUCGCCUCUGCUUCCAAAAGGGACCUGGGAGACGCCUCCAAGCCCAGGGGGGGCCACGCAGGGUGAUGGGGGGGUGGGGAAGGGGGUGUAGCUUGUGCUUCUCUACUUGCUCUAUGGAUAAUCUUUCUGACUAGCAGCUCUUUCUGGUACUCAAUUAACUUCUGAAUAGGUAACCCAGACGUGCGGGGGGAGCAAGAGCGGCUGGAAUGUGCCGGAGCCGUUGCGGUAGCUCGUGGUGGGGGUGUCUGCUGGGGGCUGCGGGAGGUGCGGGGUCCUUGCUGGCUUUGCCAUCUCCGCUUCCCGGCAGAGCCCGUGGCACCGGGAGGUGAAGCUGGGGAGCCACCUGGUCUGGGGAAGGGAUGUCGGGGCGGAGCUGUAGCACCAUGAGCCGCGUGGGCCUGGAAGCUGUUCUGGCUUUGAAGUGCGCUUUAUCCGGAAGGGGACGCGAGUCCUGCCCGCAGCGCCUGCGGGAACCGUCGUCCCGCCGCCCUCGGGCGCGCCGGCACCGCCUGGUCCUCGGAGCCGCGUCCCGCUGCGCUCGGCGCGGAGCCUCGCGGCUCGCGGGCAAAGACCUUCCUUGGAAACGCGGGGAACGGCGUUACCAGAGCCCGGCUCCGGGCUGCGCUCCUCGACACCAGCGCCCAGCUGCUCGUCUGCGUUUUGGGGGGGUAUCCUGAGGGGUGUAGUGUAAGGAAAGGCUUUGUCACCUACCGGGGGACAGGGCGGCAACUGAGGGGACUCCAGGAUGGUCACAACUGGAGCUUCAGCCAGCGUGGGUGCCCCGAGCUGCCGAAGUGGCCGGGUGGGAGGGUCCCGCACCCAAAGUGCACCAGGCUGGGUGGGCACCCACCCUUGUCCCCUCGCUCGCUGCCCUUCUCCCCGCCGCUCUGCUCCAGCAGCAUUUCAGGUCCUUGCAAUUAUAUUUUUUUGAGGUUAUUUAAAAUAAAAGCUUUCUCACGGCA